GGGAAAGUGGGCUGACCACAGAAAGACAUACAUGAUCUUAGGCCAACUCUUCUAGGGAGCAGCAGUAUCUCACCAGUGUGGUCAUAACCUUUGGAAUGAGGGUGUGAGCGACUGCAAAUCCCUGUCUCCCUUCUCAGUCCAUCCUCCUUGUAACACUGUAUUCAACUCCUCUAGUCUGGCUUUCUCUCUUUCCCUUACUCUCUCUCCCUCAUUGUUUCAGAUUAGGCCAAAUUUGAAGUUCAUUCCAGGGAGUGGCCCUAUUCAUCUUAUUCUCCAGCCAAAGCAGGAACAGUGCGAGAAGGAGAGAGACAUUUUCAGCAGCCAAAGAACUUUGUGGAAAGAGCAGAGCACCGUGGACAAGAUGCUGCUCUUGGGACCCAAGAUGCUGCUGUUUCUCACUUUGCUCAUCAUGCCCUCUGACUGGAUACCCUUCAGGGUCAAUGGUCAGCGAGGAGAUGAUGUGACCCCAGUGACUCCAGAACCAUUCACAGAAGAUCCAAAUCUGGUAAAUGAUCCCUCUACAGAUGAAACAGUUCUGGCUGAUAUCGAGCCUUCCACAGAUGACCUGGCCUCGCCCAAUGACAGAAAUACCACCACAGAGUGCCGAGAUGAGAAAUUUCCUUGCACAAGACUCUACUCUGUGCACCAACCAGUCAAGCAAUGUAUUCAUCAGUUAUGUUUCACCAGUUUGCGGCGUAUGUACAUCAUCAACAAUGAGAUAUGCUCCCGUCUUGUCUGUAAGGAACAUGAAGCUAUGAAAGAUGAGCUUUGCCGACAGAUGGCUGGCCUUCCCCCAAGACGACUCCGUCGCUCCAACUAUUUCCGACUCCCUCCCUGUGAAAAUUUGGAUUUGCAGAGACCUGAUGGUCUGUAAUCAAGGAAGAGGGAAGCAGAAAUAAAAUGUGGUGGGAGGAAGGGAACACUCUAGGAAGAGGGAAUUCCUUCUUGUCCAGGUAACCACUGUCAGAUAACCCAGAUGUUAGUAUUGGUAUUACUUAAACCAAUCCCUUUGCAAUGUUUGGCUUUUGCCUCCACUUUCUGAUUUCUUUCAUUCUUUUUUUUUUUUUUUUUACCUAAACUGAUAACAUUUAUCUCAUUUUUCAGCACUUAAAAAUACAGUCUACAUUAUUGCAUGGUUUUGCUGCUUCCCAAUAUCAUAGUCAUAGUGGAUAAAUGAUGACCACACUGCUCAUAUACAAACAUUAUACAUACAAUUUCAGGGGAAUAUAAGCUUUAGGUUAAUAAUCUUAACCUUUAAGUCUGUGUGAGAUGGAUUGUAGGGUGAAUGAUGCUACCAGUGUCCAUUUUAGCUCUAGAUUAACUCCUCACUUAUCUACAUGUUCCUCUUUACUCUCUUAUUUAACUAUUUU